AUGUCAGCAGAUGAAAUGGAGAACAAUAACAAACGGAGGGGCGACAAAAAUCUCCUGAAAACAAUCAAAAUUCAUCGGACUCUUGUUCGCGACGACAAAAAAUGGUCACCAACUGUGCAGCAGAAGUGCUUCCACGCUCCUAUUACGACACGGGUGGUUCCUGCACUGCUUGCCUUCCGCAUCAGCAUAGGCGACGGAGAAGGCAUUGUCAAACGUAGGUCCCGUGGUGUAGUGGUUAGCACUCCCGACUGUGAAUCCUGCGACGGGACUUCAAAUCUCCCCGGGACCUUGGUUAUCAAUGAGAAGAAGUUACAAGAUUGGAAACUUUGUCUUAGGGUGGUCUGUACACUACUUGAUUUGCGCAUCAGCAUAGGCAACGGAGAAGGAAUUGCGAGGCGCAGGUCCCGCAGUGUAGUGGUUAGCACUCAGGGCUUUGAAUCCUGCGGUGGGGGUUUAGAUCUCCCCAAAACCUCGAUUAAAUUUGCCACUUUAGGACAGUAUCUGUCUAAAACUGAAGUGGGUAAUAAAAGACCUAUGCUGAUCUAA